AUGUCCUUUCAGUGGCUAAGACAGUUCCUGCUCCUUCUAACCGUGGCCCAUUUGGGCGGGGCAGGUGAGAAUCACAUACCUUUGAACACCAAGAAGAGCUCGCACCUAAUGGUGCAAAUGAGCGAAAUCCUGUGCAGGGCCAAGAUCAAGGUGCUGUUCGUAUACUUCGAGAAUCAAACCUCCCACGAGCACACGGGUCAGAUCCUCAAGGAAGUGACCAAGUGCGACAUAUCCUACAUUUCCCUGAGAAACCAAAAUAGCCCCCUGGAGGCGGUCAAGGACGAUGGUAUACUCAUGUACAUGGUGAUGAUCAUCACAAACAUCUCCCAGCCCUUGGAAUUGUCAUUGAUUCGCAAGAAAUCCGCCGCCAAGCAUCGGUCGCAUGUGUUCCUCUUGGUGAGAGAUGCGGACACCGUUUCCGAUGCCUGGAUGCGGGCCAGUUUCCGGCAGUUCUGGAAGCUCUGGCUGCUGAACAUAGUGAUCCUUUACUGGCGGGACGAACGCCUGCAUUCCUAUCGCUACAAUCCCUUUACGGAUAACUAUCUAAUACCUGUGGAUCACGCACCCGGCGAAUUGCCCACCUUGGAUCAGCUCUUUCCCAAAAACAUUCCCAAUAUGCAGAGAAAGCCGCUGAGGAUGUGCAUCUACAAGGACGACGUCAGGGCAAUUUUCUGGCGACAGGGAAUCAUCCUGGGCACUGAUGGCCUGCUGGCGGGCUAUGUGGCGGAGAGACUGAACGCUACCAUGAUGAUAACUCGUCCGCACUCCUAUAAUAACCACAACCUCAGCUCGGACAUCUGCUUUCUGGAGGUGGCCAAGGAGUUUGUGGAUGUGGCCAUGAACAUCCGUUUUCUGGCACCGGAUACCUUUGAGAAAAAGGCGGAGAACACGGUGUCCCACACGCGAGAUGAUCUGUGCGUGAUUGUGCCGAAGGCCAAAACGGCUCCCACCUUCUGGAACAUAUUCAGGUCGUUCGGUCCAUUGGUUUGGGCUUUGAUCCUGGCCUCCGUUAUAUUGGGCAAUAUCUUUUGCUAUUUGCUAAGGGAAGGCGUGGGCGGUGUUCCCAUGCAGCUCUUUGCCGGGGCCCUAACUUUACCUAUGACUGGUAUUCCGCGGAACCACUCCCUCCGGUUGUUCCUCAUCUUCUGGCUGUACUUUGGAGUGCUCAUCUGCUCGGCGUUCAGGGGCAACUUGACCAGCAUGAUGGUGUUUCAGCCCUAUCUGCCGGAUAUCAAUAACUUGGGCGCUUUGGCCAGGUCUCACUAUCGCAUUCUGAUCCGCCCACGGCACCUGAAGCACAUUCGUCACUUCCUGACCCUCGGGCACAAGCACGAGGCCAGGAUUCGCGAGCUGAUGCUGCAAAUGCCGGAUGCCGAGAUGUACCAACUUAUGAAGAACAACGACCGCAGAUACGCCUAUUUGGAGAAGUACCACAUUGCCCGCUUCCAGGUAAACAACCGGAUGCACAUGCAGCUGGGCCGUCCGGUUUUCCACCUGAUGAACAGCUGCCUGGUGCCGUUCCAUGCCGUCUAUAUCGUGCCCUACGGUUCGCCCUAUCUGGGCUUCCUGGACUCACUGAUCCGGAGCUCGCACGAGUUUGGCUUCGAGCGUUACUGGGACCGCAUCAUGAACUCAGCCUUCAUCAAGUCGGGAGUGAAAUUGGUAAAACGUCGGCGUGGGAGCAGCGAUGACCCGGUGGUCCUUAAACUGGAGCACUUUCACGCCGUGUUCUCGCUGUGGCUGGUGGGGAUCGGGGUGGCGUGUGUGGUGCACAUCUGGGAGCAUUUGACCCACAACUACAGCUGGGCGGUAACAAGGCGGCGGCACUAA